AUGGGAGCGUUCAGCCGACAGAAGUUUUUCCAGGAGCUUGCUCACGGCUGCCUGCUGCCCACAGCUCAGCAGGGCCUGGAGCAGGUGUGGCAGCUGCUGGUUAUCUGCCUGCUAUGUCGGCUUCUCUGGAUGUUGGGCGUCCCCUCUUUCGUGAAGCACCUGGGCACAGUGGCCGGAGGGUUCUACACUCUCUAUCUGUUCUUUGAGCUUCAUAUGAUCUGGGUGGUCCUUCUCAGCCUCCUCUGCUACCUCUUCCUCUUCCUGUGCCGCCACUCUACCAUCCGAGGCACCUUCCUCUCCAUCACCGUGCUCAUCUACCUGCUGUUGGGAGAACUGCACAUGAUGGACACCACCAACUGGCACAAGAUGAGAGGUUCACAGAUGGUGGUUGCCAUGAAAGCCAUCUCACUUGCCUUCGAUUUGGACAGAGGCGUGGUAGCCAGUGUACCCUCACCCGUUGAGUUCAUGGGCUAUAUUUACUUUGUGGGCACAGUCAUCUUUGGUCCCUGGAUCAGCUUCAACAGCUACAAAGAAGCUUUGGAGGGACGUAAGCUGAGCUUUUCGUGGCUUUUCAAAGUCUCUGUUAGCUGGGUGAAAAGCCAGGUCUGCCUUGUUAUUUCCAACUGUGUGGCACCGUACCUCUUCCCUUAUUUUAUACCUGUUUAUGGAGACAAGCUACUACGAAACAAAAAGAGGAGGAAGAUCAGAGGUACGCUGGCAAAGUGGUUGCUGGCGUAUGAGAACACAAUGUCUUUCCACUUCAGCAACUAUUUUGUUGGUUAUUUCAGCGAGACUACUACUACUCUGGCUGGGGCAGGCUUCACUGAGGAGAAAGAAAACCUCAAAUGGGACAUGACCGUGUCCAAGCCCCUGAACAUUGAGUUUCCUCGGUCGAUGGUGGAGGUAGUAACGUCAUGGAAUCUGCCCAUGUCUCGCUUUCUGCAUACCUAUGUUUUUAAGAGUGCUCUCAAAUUUGGGACAUUCUCUGCCAUCAUGGUGACAUAUACAGCCAGCGCCCUACUGCAUGGUUUGAGUUUUCAUCUGGGCGCAGUGCUUAUAUCUUUAGGGUUCAUCACGUACAUUGAGCACGUGUCGAGGAAGAGGCUUGCAGCAAUUUUUGAUGCCUGUAUACUGUCAAGGAAAUGUCGGCCAAACUGCUCUCACCAGAACAAAAAGGAGCUCUGGGUCUAUAUGAUUAACAUAGCAUUCAGCGCUUUGGCGAUACUCCACCUGACGUACCUGGGCUCUGUGUUCACCUCCAGUGUGGACUACAUGGAGGAAGAUGAGGACGAUGUCACCCACCAUACCAUUCAGAAGUGGUCAGAGCUGAGCUGGACAAGCCACUGGGUCGCGUUUGGAUGCUGGAUACUGUACCGUCUCAUUCUCUAA